AUGCCGCAAAGGACGAUGCCCGGAGCGUCCUGGGGACAAACCGAAGCCCCUCCAUCGUACGAAAAUGCGCUUACACCGCUGGAGUUUGAGCAAAAAACGGCGAGCGUCGUGCAGCAGUCGCUUCAAGAAGUCCGACACCACGACUCUGGGCCCGCUGACAAUGGCAAAAAGCGAGCGACCGAAUUCAAUGAAUUUGAAGAUUGGGAUGAUGCAAAAUUCGAGGCUGCGGCGGCAGCCUAUCGCGCUCGACAAGCCAGGCAGCAGAAGAACACGAGUUCUUCUGGCGGCACGUCCUCCUCGACGGAUCGUACACAAUCGCCCAGGGGUGAGCCAUCCAGCACCUCGCAGCAACCUUCGGGGAGCGGGUACGAGCCGAGUUCGUCCCAAAGUAAUCCUGGACAACUCCCUUCACAUUCCAAGGCUGAUUUGGUCAGCCCGAGGGGCUUGCCACUGCGGCCGAUAGACAUUUACAGUGAGCCUGGGCCCGCCCCGUUGCCAGCAUCGGAGUACCCAGCAGAUGUAAAGGAUCCACGUUUCUGGAUGGAAAAGCAGCCCGAAGAGCACCAUGGACGCCCGAGUUUGGAGGGGCCACCGCCGUUCACGUCCAUGGCUUCCCCAACUUCUACAGAAGAGGAGUCCGCGCCACAGGCAGAGGCGAUUCGCGGAUCUCGAGACAACUCUAUGGGAUCUACGACCUAUGGCAACGUUCCCCCACCACCACCGAUCUCUCGAGCGCAAAUGACCGCGACUCCGCCAGCACCGACAUUCCACUCACCACAGCGUUACUCGGAGAUACCUCUUUCUACAACUACUUCGCAUCAUUAUCAACCACCUCAACGCCACUCGGAUAUUCCUUCGCCGUUGCACUCGAACCCGCCUCGGCCGCAGACAAUUUACCGAGAACAUCCGCUCGGACCCGAAAGGAGUACACUUUAUGGAGAGCCUUACUCUCGCUCUAGAGAGCUGUAUGCGUCCGCCAACUCGAACAUGGGUGGACCCACUAUUUCCAUCGAUUUGCGAAAGCUCCCACUUCAUAAUCAAUCUUCUUCACUAGACUCACCAGGGGAUAGCGUAACUCAUACCUCGUUCUAUUCAUCCUCUGUGUCUGCCUAUCUAACCAAGCGUCCGUUGCCACAACCAAGACGAACGGCGACGACGCAAUCCCAAUAUGAUGGUUACGUUCAGCCCAAUUCAGCUUCAACACCGAGCACGGCGUAUUCUUCACCGGCCUAUGGACAACCCACAUAUAGCAACUACAAUCCUUCGAAUGGGUCUAUGCCUCCCUUUUCAAAUCAAUACGGCGCGCCUGCCGUAUACCCAAAUCAUCAGCAAGCGCAACCGUAUAUGAAUACCUAUCAAUCGCCUCUACCGCAGCCGGCUCAGCAGUUCCAGACUCCCGUGUUCCAUCAACAGACACCAGGGAAUCAAAACUACUGGCCAUCACAGCCUGGACAUUGGUCUUCGGCUAAUUAUGGACGUCCCUAA